AUGAGUGUCCCAUGCAGUAAGUUGUAAUCGCAAUACUAAAUUUUAAAGUAACAAUCAAUGUAAGAUACGAUCCAUUCUUCAUUUGGCUAGUUGUUGUAGACUAAAAAAUUCAGGGAAUGUCAUAAGCUGCACUUCCAAAGAAAGAUUUUUGAAGCUUCCCAAAAAAUUUUUGUUUUUUAGAAGAUCUGCCCAUCGCUACGUAUUUCCCUUACCUUACAAAAUGAAGUAAUUUUCAGCGCCUCCACCCCCAAUUCACGGGUUCCGCGUUGUUGCGGCGGGCGAGCGCUUCGCCCGCCUUCAAUGGGGCCACAAGAAGCCGUGGCGGACAUAUCAACCAUAUCACUACGAGAUCGACUGGUGGUCCAGGGAUUUCAAAACGAACUUUCUACCAACCCGGUUGAUCUUACAAUCGCCCACCAGGACCGCGAUCUUAUCAAAUUUGGACACCAAAAGCAAUUAUAGCGCUCGGAUCACAGCGAGAAGCGAAUGUGGAGCCGCUGGGAUUCCAAAUCAACUUAACUUUGCUACUAGAUCGCAAGGUACCACCAAUUUUUUUCUAGUGAGAUGCUGGAAGAUCAUGUUGCGUAAUAUCCCCAUACUUUUUUCAGAGAUCCACUCAGCCAUCACACGGGUAAUGCCUCAUGAAGUCGUUCUAAUAGCGCUCGUUUUGGUCAUCUGGCUCGGAAUUUUGUAUCAUUUCUUCAGGAAGUACGAGAAGAUGACAUUUGUCAGCCCAAAUCGAGCAUUUCAGGAUAAAAAAUACGACAAAGUCAGCGACGUUCAUAGAGACAGGUAGGUAAAUCAUAGCUAAUUUUUGACGCUAAAGUCUGUGUAUUGUAGUAAUAUUGCUUUAGCGACGCUACGGCGAGAUCGCGCAAGGUUUCCGAGCAAUCCAAGAAGAGUAUUUGCCAGUUCAAUCUACUGGAAGACGUGGUCACAAAUUGGAGAACCGAGACACUGUUUCAUAAUAAAAAAAUUGCUCAAUCCGAUGUAACGUCGAGUGUAGAUCAUACGGAUCAGGCGUCUCUGAGCACGGGGACGAAUACGGAGAGGAAACGGUGAGUGUUUCUACUACAGUGGCGGACCUGAUCCAGUGGCAAAAAACAUGCCAUUUUGCAGCCGGGAAGUAUCAAAAAAAUGCGGCAAAAUACCUCCCUCUCCAAGUGAAAAAACUCCGAUUUCAAAAGCACGCCCACUCUUUUUGUGAAGGAAAAGGCGCGCAUUUCAAAACGGAGUUUUUUUAGUUCUAGAGGGAGGCAUUUUGCCACAUUUUUGAUACUUCCUGGAUGCAAAAUGGCAUGUUUUUUGCCACUGGAUCAGGUCCCACACUGUACAUGUUUCCAAAAUUUUUCGAUUUGUUUUAUCUUCCGGCCAAUACAAACUGAAAAAAAAUACUUCAGCCGCAACUCCAACCUCACAGUCUUUGACGAUCCCCAAUGGUCCCAUGAUCAUCAACAAAAGCUGAGUUCGGCGACAGUUCGUCCCUCCAACUCCCUGCCACUCUUUCAAAAACCUCUAACUCUCGACAUCUCCCCAGAAAAGCGAUAUUACACUCCAAUCGAUGAAGAGCUCACUCCGCUGGCCCCGGGGACGUCUCCAGAGGGACGGGAAGACGAUAGCGAGAGUUCGCUGGAGGUUGCCAGGAAAUUGGCCAAGAUCAGUGGAAAUCUGAGGGACACCCUGGAACCGGAAGAACCUAUGAAACGAAAGGUAGGGGUGCUUGUUAUUCGUUAAGAAAUUUUGCGUUUAGAUCAGUGAAGUUUUGUUGGGAAAGGCAACAGUCGACAUUCGAAGAUGCUCGACUCUCUCAGCCUAUGUUAGGCGGCCAAAGGCCACCAAGUUCGCGAUGGUCCGGCGACAAUCGCUCUUUGAUAACCUUAGACGGUAAGUUGAGUAGGGCCGCGUUUCGUCUCAGGAGUAUCGAAUUUACGGCUUGUAUUGUACUUACAAAAACAGCCGAACGGCUAGCCAAAGUGUUUAUAAAUCGGCCAAAAAUCGAACCAAAGGCUUGUGAUAUUUCAGUCCAGCCCGUAGGCUAGUAAUUUUGUAAUCUCAACUACCUACCAAUCCAACAUUUUUCCUAGUCGUCUGAGGUUUGAUGAGCAGACGAGCAGCCAUAAAUUCCCAAAAACGAAACAUUGUUUUGCGCUUCAAUGUCUAUUCAAAUGUUUCCAGAAGCAUGAAAAGGCCGUUCGGCCGACAAAACACAACAACUGCACCGAUGGCACCAGAAAUUCCUUCGGUUCGAAUGAGAGACAGAGGUCUUUUGAAAGUAGGUCAUAAACCCACUUAUUUCUUAAUCAACUAAAAUCUAUUACAGUUUAAAGUCGGUGAAAGCACCUCUUAUUCCUCGUCAAUAUCAGACCCUGUCUCCCGACCCGAUUCGCUCUCCAUCUCCUCAAGAAGUCGACCACAAUUACAAAACCUGCGACUCAGCCAAGUUCAAAACGACUCUACGGAAUCUUAUUUUACGGCCUCGAGCGUGGUAAUCAAUAUUGAGCCGGACGAAGGAGAGAUUACUCCCAAAGCACCCAAUCAGACCUAAUUUUGGGGAUGAAAUUAUGAUGACGAGUCUUUUCACAGCAUGCUGAACUCUUUUACCAGUGACCUCAAUGCCUUUUCGAAUGCAAUAAACUCAAGUUUAAAAUUUGAAAUCUUCUAUGCAAGCUUAAAUUUUAGAAAAUUUUGAGUGUAAAUUUUCGUCAAGACCUCAAAGAAAAGCUCAAAAUUCCCAUCAUUUCAAGAUUUCUUCUCACUCGUGAACAGUCGCUCACAGAACGGGAUUGAUAGUUUCGUCCGAGAACAACGUAAGCACCGAGUGGAAAUCGCAUCCAAUUUUCAGUGAACUCAUCGAUCAGAAUGUUCAAUAAUACAACGGAGGACCCAACAAAGCAGCCGCAGAGCGGAGCCACCACCACGGAAGAUGGAGGGGCCGCGCAAAACAACAACUACACGGAAUCCGACGACCUCGAGAGUCUGCCUGGAGGCGCGAACUAUGGGCCGGCGGCGAACGGACAGGCGUCGAUUUAUACGGUAAGGAGGGGAGUGGAGAAGCGUACUAGGCGGGCCAAAAAGUCUUGACAUGUUUUCGCACCGUGCGGGCGCAUGAAUUCGGCGUUGCGACGAGGUAUCGCGCAAUAAAAAGUUUGCGGGGUGCGAAUGAAGAACGCACUGUGCGUUGUUUACGCUUUUCAAAACAAUCUUUUUGCACUGUGCGGGGUCGCAUUGCACCGUAAAUUUUUCUUGUGGCCGCGCGACAAAUUUCAUGCAGGAUGGCGCACUGCACGUCAAUCCAAAAUAGAAGAAAAAAUUUCCCGCCCUUUUUGGCGAUUCGUUCAAAACGAAAUGUCACUAUCCAAUAAAAAGCAUUUUCUUAUCUUUCUCCUUCCUUUUCGAAAAAAAGCAAUUAUUUCGGGCGAGAAAAAGUGCCGAUGCGACAUUUCGCAUCUCUUUUAAAUCAAUGAAAACGACACGAAGUUUCGAAACGGUUCAGGAAAUGCACAGGAUUGACGUGCACUGUGCAGACAUGCCAAGACUUUUUGGCCCGCCUAGCAUGGGUUCUUGGGUUGAUCACAACGCUUUUCCUUUCAGGGUCUCCGCAGCGACGAGCUGUUCCACGGCCCGAUCCCCAAAGAAGACGUGUCCCCAAUGCUCAAGAAAGACGGAGACUUCACUGUAGGCAUUCUUCAGGCCGCAACGAAACGAGCAGUGGUCGUCUGGCUCAAAUGGCAGAAUGAGGUCAAAUGCUUAGAUUUCCUCAUCAAUGACGAGUUGAAAAGCUGCUCAUUGGAUGGGAAAAACUUCCAGCCAACAAUUAUGAAGACCGUCUUGUAAGGAAAAGAGUUUUGCAAGUCAAUCCAUUUCUUUCUCUCGAAAAGGAAGAAGAAAGAUAAGAAAAUUGGUUUUUAUCGGAUAGUGACAUUUCGUUUUGAACGAAUCACCAAAAAGGGGCGGGAAAAUUUUUCUUCUAUUUUGGAUUGACGUGUUUUGGGGAUAAUUAGUUUAAAGUAAUACCAAAACUUGAUCCCACUUCAGCUUUCAUUUGGGUGGUGUUUCCAUCAACGCCAGCGACCCAACAGCCCCGAGAUUGAUUCGAGGAGUGAAAAGACAGAAGUGGGAACUGGAUGGGAACAGUGUGACAACAGGAAAACAGAUUGGCGAAGGAGCCUUCGGCCAAGUUUUCGUCGGAACGUUGUCUUAUGGUGGGAGGGAAGUUCAAGUUGCCAUCAAAGUUCCUCGAGAAAGUCCGGACAAGGAGAAAGAAAAGGAUAUUGUCAAGGAAGCGAUGAAUGAAGCGAGAAUUCAACGAGAAUAUUAUCAUCAAAACAUUGUCAGACUAUAUGGAGUGGUCCUUAAUACCAAGCCGUUUGCUGUGAGUAAAAAUAUAACAGGUGAACAGUUGGACUAAAAAUUAAUUUCAGAUCGUCUUGGAGUUUGUGGAUGGUGGGAAUCUGGAGUCGUAUUUGAAGAAAACACAGCUUAAAGUCAAUCUGAAACUGACCUAUUGCUUCGAUGUGGCGCUUGGAAUGAAAUAUCUGCAUAAUAUGCAGUGCCUGCAUCGAGAUAUGGCCACUAGAAAUUGUUUGGUCGACCCGAGGUACCCGUGCGUCAAGAUCUCGGACUUUGGACUCUCAGCGAAAGGAAGUUCGAUGGCCAUGGACCGAAGUAAACCAGCGCCGGUUCGUUGGAUGGCGCCGGAAGUGUUGAAGACGGCCAAGUAUGCGACACCAGCCGAUAUUUGGAGCAUGGGGUAGUUGAAUUUUGGAAACUAUUUGGUCGAUUGGAACCUGUUGACUGGCGACCACAAUUUUAUUCAUUUCAGAGUUCUUUUCUGGGAGAUUUACGUGUCCUGUCAGGAAUUGCCCUACAGCAAUAUGGAUUUAAAACAAAUCCAAAGCGAACUUCAGCAUAAUCCCAAUUUCCAUCCUCAUUAUGACACGAACACGACUCCUGCUGAAUUGAAAAAAGUGUUUGAAAAAGUUUGGAAUCAUGAUCCGAAAGCACGACCAUCAGCCGCAGAGAUUACAAUGCAGCUGGCUGGCCACAGUAUGAAGGAACGGUAAGGAAAUUACGAUUACUAUUUGUUACUAGAACUGCAAUCUUAAUAAUAAUACUUGCGGUUGUUACCAAAAAUACUACUAUUACUUCUUACGUGUUAAUAAAAUUACCCCAAAAUAAUUCCGUUAUUAUUUUAGAUAUAACAAUACAAUGCCGAUUUACCAAGAACUGGUUUGUCUAGACGAAGAACGUGCCAAAAAUAAAUCCAUUAACACUUCCGGUAACACUAAUAUUUCCAAUCAUAACACAAGUCAACAAACUGAGAAGGGAAGGAAAACUCCGAAAGCAGGCACUCCAGCCAAGACGAACAAAGUGUCGGGUAGAGAGAAGUCGUUGAAGGAAAGAAUUGAGCAACUUAGCAGAAAGAAAACCAUGAGUAAAAAACCAAGAGGACGGAAAACCAAACGACCACAAUAA